AUGGCAUAUCUUCGAAAUGGUGCAGAACUUGCAGCAACCUAUCGUUCCAGUUUAAACCAGAUGAGUGAACUACGGAAAAAGGUGAAACUGUUUAACCUCAACAAUAGUUAUUAUAAUCAAAUCGGACUUCUAAAACAUGACUGGCUCCCUCACAGUUCUAUCAUGUGCGAAGCUCUACGUCGACUCCCACGCGAACAACAAGAAGCCAGAGACUUUCGAAUAGCACGAGCAUCACUUCUCUACGCAUCUAAACACAUUUUGCCUCAGAAUCAGUGGACAACCAUUGAAAACGAUGUUCCAUACUUGCAACCGUACGUUGAUGUUGUCGUGAAGGAAAUAAGCGACCGAUCAAACUGGGAUAAUUUUAUCAACCCAGAAACUUAUAGUGAAUCAGUAUAA